GGUUGUCAUUUCAAAAAAGCUGCAGCCUUGCCGGCCCAUUCCAACCGAACCAAACUCGCAACAGUCACUGUGACCAUUUACCUCGCAACGAUCCAAUCGGUCCUUCCGACGUUCUCCACCCCGGCCUUCUCACUCGCGUCAGGGGUUAGAGCGCUGGCUCCCAUUUCUUCCGCUGUCGGCGCGGCAAACGGCAUGAAGGUGCAUUUGGAGAAGGGGGGCGCCGACACUUGUCGCAUUCGUGCGCCACUGCGUAUGUCCUUUCGCAGAGAAGGUGGUUAAGAUGCCGGAUGAAAUCACGCAGAAGCACUCGCAACUCAAAGUCGUCAUCGUACAGCACAUCGCAGAGAAAGAGACGCAAGAGUGGUUCGCGCGGACCGGCGGUCCACAAACAUUUUCAACCGGCACAUCGUCCUACAUCUUCAUCUCCGACCCUACCUUCGCGCUCUAUAGUCAGCAGGGCAUUGGUCACAUCGGUUGGGGCGGCAUAGUAAACUCGCGCGUCGUGCCUUCGCUGAAGCAGCUCAAGGGGCAGGAGAACAUCGACUUCAGGCUGACGGGCAAAAGGGAUUCUGCCAAUGGCAGACCUUCGGAAGGUUCGCAGUCGAUCGCGAGGGCAUCGUACGUUGGAUACAGGUGGCCAAGGACAGUGCGGAUAUGUGCGAGUUCUACGACGCUAUCAGGACAGCCCUUUGAGCCGUGUCUAGUCGAAAGGGAUAGUCGUUUGCUUAUCUUUAAGGCACGCGUAUAUGGAUGGUUAUCAUUGAUAUUCCCCCAAUUUUAGAUGCGCACAUGCGCUUCUGACUAUUUCCAUAUUGUAGGGAUCAUGGUGCAAGCCGCUCGACGGUCCAUUGGUCCUCAUCGGCAG